AUGGCCGAACCUGAAUCCGAACAAAAGCAAGACAGCGGGGAAGAGUCUGAUGAUGAAGAAGUGUUAGAAGAGAGUCCGUGUGGAAGAUGGCAGAAAAGGAGAGAAGAGGUUGAUCAGAGAGAUGUGCCAGGUAUUGACAGUGCCUUCCUGGCAAUGGACACAGAGGAAGGAGUGGAAGUUGUGUGGAAUGAAGUACGGUUCUCGGAGAAAAGGGAUUUUCGGGCACAGCAGGACAAAAUCCGACAAGUGUUUGAUAACCUGUGUCAACUUGACCACCCUAAUAUUAUCAAAUUCCACAAGUAUUGGACAGAUACAAAAGCAGACAAACCAAGGGUCAUAUUUAUAUCUGAAUACAUGUCUUCUGGAAACCUGAAACAGUUUUUGAAGAAAACCAAAAAAAACAAUAAGACAUUCCAGUUAAAGGCAUGGAAACGAUGGUGCACUCAGAUUUUGUCAGCAUUAAGUUACCUCCACUCUUGUGAUCCUCCCAUAAUUCAUGGCAACCUCACAUCUGACACAAUCUACAUCCAGCAUAACGGUCUUAUUAAAAUAGGUUCAGUUGCACCAGAUGCCAUUCAUCACCAUGUGAAGACUUUUAGUGAAAAUCUGAAAAAUGUCCACUACACUGCCCCAGAAUGUGAAGACAGUGAACAAAUGACAACAAAAGUGGAUAUUUAUUCUUUUGGAAUGUGUGCUCUAGAGAUGGCAACACUUGGGUUUCAGACAAAUGGGGAGACAGGGACUUCAGAGAAAGAUAUUAUUAAUGCUUCCUUGGAGCAGGUGGAGACUCCACUGCAGAAGGACUUCAUUCAGAGCUGCCUGCAGCGAGAUCCCAAAUUACGACCAACAGCCAGAGAGUUGUUGUUUCACAAGGUCCUAUUUGAAGUUCACUCACUCAAACUUCUGGCAGCGCACAAGAUUGUCAAGUCAAAUGUAUUGUUAGCUGAAAAUAUCACAGAAAUCACCCAGGUGGCUAAAAAUGAUGACCCAAACCGGGUCAUUGCUGAGAUCCCCAGUAUGGGUGGCCAGAUAGUUCAUUUAAAGGUUUCCCAGACACCACCGUUGGAGCUUGACAAGCUUUUAGAUGAUGUCAAGAACGGAAUUUAUCCCUUGACGGCGUACGCCAUGAGUUAUACUCCAGUGAGCCGCCCACGCGCUGCCAGCCCUGAGAUUGCUGAGUCGGUGAAGUCAGAGACGCCGGAGCCAUAUGAUGUUGAAACAAGAUUGAUUGUUUCCAUGACAUGUCAUAUAACACGACUGGAAGAUAGUCCCCACCCUCAACUGACACUGCUAGUGCGCUUUGAUGACCAGAUAAACCGGCAGUUGCAGUGUGAGGUGACCAACGACACUGGCGAAUCAUUAGCUGACGAUUUGGUUUAUCAUGGUUUCAUCAAUGAAAAAGAUAGAGACAAAGUUGCUUCACUCAUUGGGAUAACUCUUCCAAACACCAGCAUGGUUCCCAAAAUCUCCCCGCCCCAUGUGAACAGCGUGUCAUAG